CCCGAGAGCAGGAAGAUGCGGGGAGGGGACGAUGACGACGGGGCGUCCGCCGCCCAAUCACGGCUCCGCUCUAGGCGUGGCCCCGCCCCUUUAUGCUCUCCGGACAGCAGCGCUCACUUCCGUCCCGGAAAACUAAACAACAUGGCGUCCAGAGACAGAACCGUGUUCAGGCCCGCGGAGGAAUGAGCCAGCCCGCCCCAGCGGGGGCCCCCACGGCCAGCCCCGGCCCGCCGCUUGCCCCAGCCGGCUCUGCCCAGGCCUGCUGGGCUGCCCUCCGGGCGCUCCUCCCCAGCACCAAGGAGGACCUUCGGCUGGACUUUGGGCCGCGGGUGGAGCGCAGCGUGGGGCAGCUGGCCCAGCGGGCCGCCGGGCUGCUCUACAGCGGGGGGGGCCUGCCGGGGGUCCCCUCCUUCCCCAAGGCUGCCCGAGACGCCUGCCUGCAGACCAGCCAGAUCCUCUGCGACUACGCCUGGGAGAAGCUGAACACCGGCGCGUGGCGAGACGUGGACCGGGGCUGGCGGCGCCUCUACGCCUACGGCUGCCUCUUCCAGGCGCUCUGCCUGUGCCGGCAGGGCGGGGCUUGCGCGGAGGCCGUGCGCGCCUGUGACCUGGGGCUGCUGAUGGGAGCCCCCAUCCUGGACAACGUCUUGGUCAGGGCCGUCGACGUCCUUCAGCAGCACCUGCCCCCCUGCCCCCCAAGGCCGCCGGUGGGGCGAGGCGGAGAGGAGCCCCUUCCGAAGAAAACCCGGACGGGCUUCCCGCCGGCCCCUGCCAUCUCGGCGGACGCGGCUGUCUCGUGUCUCCGCUGCCCGUCCCUGGAGCACUUCCAAGACCAUUACCUGCUCCCUCAGAAGCCCGUGGUUUUGGAGGGGGUGGCUGACCACUGGCCGUGCAUGAAGAAGUGGAGCGUGGAUUACAUCCGCCAGGUGGCGGGCAGUCGCACGGUGCCGGUGGAGCUGGGCUCCCGCUACACAGACGAGGACUGGACCCAAACCCUCAUGACUGUUGAGGAUUUCAUCUGCCAGUACAUCGAGGACGAGAACCACACCGGCUACCUUGCUCAGCACCCACUUUUUGACCAGAUCCCGGAACUGAAGCAGGACAUUGGCAUCCCCGACUACUGCUGCCUGGGCCAAGGAGACGAGGACGAGAUCGCCAUCAACGCCUGGCUUGGCCCGGCAGGGACCGUCUCGCCUCUUCAUCAGGACCCCCAGCAGAACUUCCUGGUCCAGGUCAUGGGACGGAAAUACAUCCGCCUGUAUUCUCCCCAGGAGUCGGCAAAGCUGUAUUCCCACGAGGGGCACCUCCUGCACAACACCAGCCAGGUGGAUCCGGAAGCCCCCGACUUGGCCAAGUUCCCCAAGUUCGAGGCAGCGGCGUCCCAAGCCUGCGUCUUGCGCCCUGGCCAGGUCCUCUUCAUCCCCGCCCGCUACUGGCACUACGUGCGCGCCCUGGACACCAGCUUCUCCGUCAGCUUCUGGUGGUCGUAGCGUCGCUGGAGCCGCGGGCGGUGCUUCCACUCCGCCACCCCCGGGCCGGGGGAGAAGGCGGGCGUUCUUCGCGGAGGACCGGCCCUCCAGCCACAGCUGCCCCGCAGGAGGAGGGGGAGGCUGUCGCCCCCCUCCGCACUCCCCGCAACACUGCACUGCAGCAAGGGGCAAACUGUCGGCACAAGCCCCCGAAUUCAAAUCAAGGGGGUGGGGGCCGGCAGCAGCAGCAGCAGCAGCCUCUCCUCUGCUGCCUCCCUCCGUACAAGGCAGGAAGACGCAAUCCCUUCUUGUCUUGCGAACAAGCACAGGCCCUUUGCACUGCCCAGACAUGCCCCUUGCAGGCUCCUGGGGGAGAGGCAAAGGCACUGGCUGCAAGGCAGGAGAGAUGUCAGCCUGAGGAAGAGGCAGGGCUGCACUCCAAGUCCUGGAACCAGAUCCCCGCACCCCUCCCUUGACCGGCGGCAACUCCCUGCACUUUGCGCGUUCAGCAGAAGUUGCCAGCCCAACCCUGGAGGCCCUGCAGAGCAGAGACCGCUUUUCGGUGAGGCGCUGGGCCCUGCCCCAGGAGUGCCGGCUGCCUCCCAGAGAAGUCUGAUUGCCGGGCAGGGGGGCAGGUCAGCUGCCUGCCUGGUAGACCUUGCAGACUCCUGGGGGCGCAGCUCUCCUUUGCUGCUCCUGCUGUGGCCUGUCGGGAGCUGCCAGCCCAGGCGAUUUGGCUUCUUUCUUGUGGCUCCUCUCUCUGCCCCUUUCAGACCCAGUCACCCUGGUUUGCCCCUUGGAUAAAAUAAACUACCUCUUGAUUUCAUAA